AGAAGAAAACACUUCCGGUUCUCUGUCAUGGUAGCUUCAAUAACAGUUGCCCCUUGUGUAAUGUUUCUACUUGGUGGAUAAAUUGCAUAUUGGCACGAACCGUUUGGGAAAAUAAAUAAAAUGCCUAAAUACUACGAGGAUAAAGAAGAUGACGGCAGGGCUUGCGCUGGAAUUAGAGAGGAUUUUAAAGCCUGUCUUCUUCAGCAUGACUGUGUCCUAAAGGAGGGGAAGAAACCCAGUGAAUGUCUGAAAGAAGGACACUGUAAGAGCUUGCAGGUCUCUUUCUUCGAGUGCAAAAGGUCGAUGAUUGACACAAGAUCUCGAUUCAGAGGCAGAAAGGGCUACUGACGCAAGAACUUGCUGUCGCCACAAUCUGAAGCAGGGUCAUGGGAAAUUGUAAAUAGUAGGCUAAAUGCCAGUGGACUGAGAUAAUAAAACUAUUAUGUUGUUUUGUAUAA